AUGCUCUGCCACCUCUGUGAGACGUUCUUGACCAACAUCCUCCACCAGGACUUUCAAACCUGGCGACGUGUCGAAGAGGGCUGGUUCACAUUCAAGCAUGGCAAUUAUGCUACUGUCGCUGCUGCCGCUGAGGCUGGCUGCAAAAUAUGUGGUCUUCUCAACCGCGUUCGUGAGGACAGGAUACCGAACUAUCUCGGUCUGAGUGAGAAGUGGCACGUUCAGUCGGCCUCAAUAGACGUGAAGUACGACUGUGCCCCUUACUCGCCCCCUACAGUCAGGAAGCCUGCAAUCAGAAAGCAGGUGGACGAGCAUAUUACGGGCAAGUACGCUUUUCAGCUCUUGACGCUGGCCCCAGACAUGUCGUGGAUUGCCUUUGAAUUGUUUCAUCCGAACGGUUCCGACGAGGGCGACUUUGCGCUCGCUGUAGAGAAUGAUCCAACAUCCGUGAAGGCCACAAGCAUAGCAAAGGAAUGGAUCGAUGGUUGCUCGACUGCUCACACUCACUGCCAACGGCCGGAUGACGCACGCUUACCUACGCGUGUGAUUGACGUGGGGCCUUCUGAUGAUUCUAUUCCGCGACUCCAUGUCGCUGGAGGACAGAAGAGUCGCUACGUGACACUCAGCCAUUGCUGGGGAACCGGGGAUAGACUCACUCUCACGAAGGGUCGCAUUCAUAAUCUCCAGCGAGCCAUAUCAUAUGGCCAGCUCCCUAGGACCUUCCAAGAUGCCAUCCGGUUGACAAGGGCACUUGGAAUACGCUAUCUGUGGCUCGACGCUCUGUGUAUCAUUCAGGACGACCAAGACGAUUGGCGCAGAGAAUCGGCUUCCAUGGGCGCAGUUUUCGAGAACGCCUUGUUCUCCAUCUCAGCUCUGACGGCCGUGGACAGCCACUCGGGCAUGCUCCACCACCGGUCGCCGCCCUCCAUCGAGUUACUGAUAGGAGAGGCACAGAUUGGCGUCCGAACGCGAGCCGAUACGCUGCCUCUUGCAUUACGCAGCGCAAGGCUCGAGACUCGUGCUUGGUGCUUCCAGGAACGACUUCUGCCAACAGCCAUCCUCCAUGUUGCCCCUGACCAAAUGCACUGGGAGUGUCGUAGUGGCCACUUCUCUGAAUCAUUUCCAGAUCUGCAGACAAAGAUCUUGACACCAUUCGAGCCAUUGAGAAUAUCAUUGCAAUCUAAAAGAGUGCGCAAUUAUGCUACAAUCGAUUGGCUCGAUCUUAUCAAAGAGUACAGCAACCGCGCCAUCACCAAGCCAUCUGACAGGCUUCCGGCGAUUGCAGGGGUUGUUGACAGGAUUGGAGGCUCUGAGGACGAUGUUAUGUACAUCCAGGGUCUGUGGUCCAACGGUUUCCACGAGCAGCUGUUGUGGCGACGUCGUGGGAAGCUCGCACAUACGACAGCAUCUUCGGGUGGAUAUGUCUCGAGCCAUUCAUCACCUAGUGCAGAGACCUCUGAAGGAGCGCCUUGUUCAUCCUGGAGCUGGGCAAGUGUCAACGAUGCCGUGGAGUGGCCGCUCAACCGGCGGAUGUCUUGCAAGCAACAAGUGACAAGUGCAGAUGCAGAGUUCAGCGAGAAGCCGUCCCAUGGAUAUCCCAUUGAGGGUACCGCACAACACAUUGGCCUCAAAGGGUUCAUGAAGCGCGGCUCCUGCAAGAUCUCCACGGCAGCGCCCAACAGUCCCAGCUGGGUUGUCUUCAAGCCUUCGGGCUCUCUGCUCAAACGUGGCAUGCUGAAUUGUUCCCUCGAUUAUUCUGACGAGCCUGUCGCCAAAAGCUGUUACUGUCUGCGGAUCACCAAGUGGUUGCAGGCAUCCACUAUACCAGGACCAAAGGCGUUCGUAAGCUACCUACUUCUCGAGAAGGUGGGAACGGCGGAGACCACAAGCCGCCUGCGUAUGGAGUACUCGACGUUCAAGCGCAUCGGGAUGGGGUUCGAUGAUGCAGAAAAGGUUGACAGGAUAUUUGCCAAUGCUGAAAGGCGUCAAUUGCGACUCAUCUAG